AUGCAUCGAGAUGAUAAUUAUGAGGUUCUGUCGGUUGGUGAUCAGAACGUGUCAGGCGUUCAUAGGAGACCGCAGCCUAAGAGGCUUAUUUCCCGAAUGCACAUGAAUCAGGAUAAUAAAAGGGAGAUGAGCCCUCCAGGGCUAGAAAUGAUGCAGCGGCCGCGGCGGUCGGAACGUCGCGGUUUGAUCAUCGUCAGUCAAGCAGACACAACGCGCAUCCGAGCGGGUAAUGCAAGUCGACGCGCGACAGCGCAUGCUGCGCAGUCCAAGUUACAGCGAUUAGCGAGCUUCAAAUAG